CAGAGAGCGUGUGCUUACCUUGACACCUGGACGGUAGAGGCAGUCCGUUCGCGUUCCUGUGAACAAACCAGAUUGUACGAGGAUGGAGAACGCAGGUACCGCACUGCUGAACGGUAGUGCCACUCGUGGUUCUGGUUACUCUUUUCGGAGGGCAGUAACACAGCGUUUGUUGCAGCUUUCUACAAUUCACUUGAAAGAUGAGGACUUUGUCAAGUCUGUCCGACAGCUUGAUUCACGCAAUUUUGCUGUGGACCAUGAAAACAUUCGACAGCUUCAAAUUGAUAUUAGAACGGAUGCGUUGUGGACCAACGGGACGGUAAUUCGUGAGUUUUCUGAAUUUGCAAGUCAUCUUGAGACUAUCCAGACGCUUCUUAAUAGACUAAACUCGUUGUAUUCACAGAGGGAAACGAGUGUGCUUGAGAAGUUAUCUGGAGUGCAGCAGCUGUCCGAGAAGUAUAAAACACUGGAGGAUCAAAAAGCCGAAGCUUUACGGAAACUUGAAUAUCUGCAAUUCUGCCGGGAAAACUUCUUUCUUUCGGAAGAAGAUGUGUAUCAUCUUGUCUCGUCGGACAUUGUGGACCAGCGGUUUUACAGCAUCCUUGAAAAGGCUCAGACCAUAUCCAACAAUUGCACCUCUUUGUUUGCUAUAAACGCAGAAGAAACAAAUGAAGCAGCAACUAAAGUAAUGAAAGCGAUGUCCCAAUACAUCGACGAGGCUUUUGAAAAACUCUUUCGAUAUGUGAAAACAGAGUUAAAUGAUAUGGAAACAAGUCGAAACCUAGAAUUUCAUCCAGACCUGAAGUCUGCAUUUGCUGCAUUGUUUGCGAAGCCCGAGAUGUUAAAUAAGACGCUUGAUUUAAUUGUUCAAGCUCGGCAGCGAGUUCUGUACGUUGCCUUUGUCAUGGCACUGGAGACUGGUGACCCAAACACAUUCUCACGUCCCAUUGAACUUUCUGCUCCGGACCCGAAGCGUUUUGUAAACGACAUUAUAGCUUGGCUGCAUCAAACUAUCGCGGGAGAAAAAGAAUUGAUUGAGACUCUCUUUCAGGCUCGGCGAAAGAAAAUUAAUGAAUCAGAGAACUCCUGGUGGGAUAGCUUGGAGAGUCUUGAAAUGAAUUCUAAGAUGCUUAUGGAUGAAAACUUGUAUGGUGUUUGCAAGGCUAUUGUUUCCAGAGUGCAGACUAGUAUACUUGAGACAGAAGAUCUCAUCACUAUUUAUGGCCUCAUUGAAAUUUUUGGCUUCUAUCGCGAACUUUUAUCUUCUACUAUACAUGAACACUCAACGGUGUUAACAUCCUUGAAAACUCUGGAAGAUUUUGCAUUUAAACGUUUGCAAUCCUUAAUUGACGACGAGCUGUAUCAUGUCAAGGCAUCUGCUCUUAAUAUUCCAGCGGAUUUGUUACCCCCUCAAUUUGUCAUUCGUUUUAUGAAAUCGCUGGCGUCUAUCCUAAACGUCCGAAAGAACUCCUAUUCUUCUCAGUUUGUUGAUGUCAACGAGCUCGUUGCUACUCUUGAAAGUACUGUCUCUUCCCUUUUCGAGAUAAGUGAUAGGUGUUCCAAGCGUUUAUUGCCCCAUAAGCGGUAUAUCUUUCUUUUAAACGUGGUCGAUUGUUGCUAUUCGUAUAUAGAGCCCUAUAGUGGCACGGAGUCAUUGCAGAAACUUCUUAAUGACAAGCAAGCAAAGCUUGCUGAUGAACUUACUCUACAACUGCACACAGAAUUUUGUUCCCAGUCUUCCUUGAUCGACUUAAGUUUCUGUUUCCAAUCAGGAGAUGAAUCUUUCAUUGAAGAGGCACUUGAAAAAGUUAACUGGUCUAAGAUACGGAACGAGUUUGGGUCUUUUCUUGUUACAACAUUUGCAGACGCUACAACUGAUCUUUUGUUGCUGACCUCACCUACUGUUCAAACAAAUGUUCAAGCAAACUCAGUACAGCUGUUUUUUAACGACGUGACAAAAGUGAAGAACUGUCUAGAGAAGUUCUCCAAGUCCUCAGAGUUUCCAUUCUCUUUGAACGAGCUUCAAAUCGCACUUGGCAUAGAGAAUACGGCUUAGUUUACGAAACGUAAUGAAUUUACUGUGUUAAGAAAGUAACUAAUCAACAAAGUAAUUACGUCGCUUGCAAGGCAAACGUGUGAAUAUGUAUUUCCUGUAACCAUAAGAAAUAUUGCUUAAAGGUUGUGCUAAAGGAAAUAAGCUGCACUUGCAGAAAAAGCAUAGAACUUCGCGUUUCAAAAUGAAAAGCUCCGCUCUAAAUAAAAAAAAUUUAUCGGUUU